CCCCCGUGUCAAGUAAAGUGACUUAAGGUAUAUUUAUUAAACACCAUCCAUUUAUCCAUUUGCCAUCGCACAACCCCGAGUUCACAUGUAUUUUCUGCCAAGCUCUUAAGAAGCCAGUGCACACGGCGCCACGGUCACUUCAUAAGAGAUAUGGUUGACUGAUGCGGUUCUUAGCGAAUGUGCCAAUCUUUCAUGGCACCACCAGUCAUCACCUAGAUUCCCACCCUGAUUCCCCGCACCCCACACACGCGGAAGCGGAAGCUCAGAUCGACCAGGCUAUAUCAUCAACUGGGGCUGGCCCAGUUAGAAGACUCUCCGCAUCCUCAUCCAAGAUGUUAUUCUCAGAUUUGUAUAAGUCGGCGAAAGCUCCCCUCUCGAGAUUACGGCAUCAUUCACAUCCUGCCCCUGCGGCUCUGGAUUAUGAUCCUGAUCUCGUGAGUCGAGAUAAAGCCAAGCAAAAAGAAGCUAUUAAGCGCGUGCUCGCGGCUAAGAUACGAGAUGAUUGGCACUUCGAAUGGCCGCCUACAGCUACCAAUCCAGAUCCGGGGCAUGCUGGAACAGAAACGGCACCUGAGGGGCAUGAUGAAGACAUUGCCGUAGAGGACAUCGAUUCAGAAGACGACACUGCUUCAGUGUAUAGUACCGUUUCUGAGGAUCUCACUCAUUUUCGCCCUAGGUCUGAGUGGCUAUCGGAUAUGCCCGAUGACGACGACGACGACGAUAUUCCUGUAUCACCAUCGGCAUAUCGCUUUGAUACUCCAGAUGCGGUUGGCACUUCGGUGAAGGUAGCAGCCCUCGCUAAGAGCGCCAAGCGGAGGAGAGCAGUGCGUUCCGAAAUGGAAUGGAACGACGGGCUUGCUUGCUUCAAUGCUCGACGAGACGCUUGGACGGGUGCAAAGGCGGCUCGAAUCCGCCCAAGGGCAACUUCCCUAGUGGUUACCUCUCCUGCCGCAAAGCGUCUUUCUUGGUGGCAUAUCUCGACUUCGCCAUCGCCCUCGUCGCCUACGGAAUCGGUAGGCGCCGGUACAACGCUCAGCCCUAGUGCGACGCGUACGUCUGGCGAGACCACCGCGGUGUCCUCAUCGGAUACAGAAUUCAGAGAGACGAGGACUAAAGAUGACCCGUCUACUUAUCCAGUAGAGACUCUGGUUCCCAUACCCCAACCUCUAUUACCUCCUACCACUCCUAUGCGUGCUUCUAUCACCGCGGCUGCGUAUCCUACCAUUUACGAUAAGAUCGUAGUUCAAUCUGCAACACCAUCGUGUCCUAUUAACCUAGGAGACGUAGUACGUUCCUGCGUUGCCGGUUGGAAACGAGAUGGCGAGUGGCCCCCUCGAGGUACCGACCCUCCACCCGUCGUAGCAGUUCGUAGGAAGAAGGACAGCGGUGCGGGGGGCAGAAAUAACGCAUCAAAAAGCAACGCGGCUAAGAGGAUGAGCUUUAGUUUUCUAGGGAGAAGACAGAGCGUAGGCGGGGACCAAAACAACCUAGCAGAAAGCACAUCGUAUCCAGAGAAAGAGGAUGCUAGCCAUGCAACGGGCAAGGCUUUUAGAAAAGGUUUACAACGCGUGUUAGGUCUUGGACAUGGACACGAGAGAACGUCGAGCAACACCAGCAAUCAAACGAGUAUUGCUAUGUGAUGGACGUGGAUCAAUGGGAAUGAAUGAAUACUCAAGGAGUCGGUAUUGAGAAGGUUAAGGGAGGGACAAAGGAGUCUUGGACAAUCGCGAGAUAUCCGCUGGGAUUGUUAGGAGGAAGCGCGUUCUCGGCAUCAUGGCAAUAUACCCAGCAUCGCUUUCGGCGUUUACUUAUUUUACUUCAACACUUCGCUCUUUUGGCGAACGCAUAGCACUGUUGAUAUUUGAUAUGUUCUAGAAUGAAAGUAGCAUGCAUUCGCCGUUUUUUUCUCUUUGCCACUAUAAACGUCAAUCAUGGACAGUAGCUAUGAGAAGGUUACUGUCUUGUCUUUGAGCCAGGGAACAAAAGGUUAUGCAAUUAGGUAAUGAGUGAUAAUGAAUAUACGUACCUAGGUAAAUAGAGGACUAUAAUUUUAGGGCCAACUAUCUUUGUUACCAAAGCUCGAGCCUAACAUAGUCUUAAGCAUGCAACACAUCAAACGCCGAAACCAUAACCAUA